GUCUUUGGCUCCUGCUGAACCAGCGCCUAAAAGGCCCAAGCUGGCGACAGUGGUUGCCUCCCGUGAUGAACAUGCAGAUGCAGAAGCUUCUUCGUCGAGAAAAAAAUGUUGAGCCCAAAGGCGAAUCAGAUUCGGAGCCAGAAGCUUUGCAGAAGCCUGCGAAAGACGCCGGCGCUGUGAGGUUUACCUUGGAAGGUUUGCAAGCUUUCCGCAGCACUGCAACUGGGAUUGUGUCAGGCAAAACAGCUGCUGAAGCUAGGUUUGGCUCGCAUGGUGCAAGUGCGUCUCGCUUGGACGGUUUGGCAGCUGCUUCGUGUAGGUGCCAUCGGGGCAACUGCUUUGACAAGAUUCCUGCCAUGAAAGAGAAGCUGCUUCAGUUCUUGAAGCUCCUGUGGGGCCUGGCCAAGCACGUGCAGGAUGAAUAUCUUCGGGUCACUGUGAUGGCAGAAGAUGGAGCGCCACGCAAGACUUGCUUUUUGCUUGGCGAGGUCUUUGGAGCAAAGUGCUGCCGAGCAGUUCUUGGCAUUGGGAAUUCCAGGCUGGCCAGGAUUGGUGCUGGCAGGUUUGAUCGCAGAUUUGCUGUUUGGGGAGUGGCGACCAAGAAAGCUCCAGUGAAAACACGUUUGGUGAACCAGUUCCUCCUGUCGAUUUACAUCAAGAAUGGAGGGAUGUUGCCAGAUAAGUUUGCCAGAGGAGGUCGACCUCGAAAGAUGCGUCCAGAGAAGCUGACAGUUGUGAUGGAAGCUCAUGGUAACUCCAGCGUCGAUGGUGAGGAUGACUGCCUCCAUGCCCGUGCUGAAAGCUUGGAGGAAGAUCAGGAGCUCAAAAUGCACUUGCUAGGUCAGCAGAAACAAACUUCGCCAAGACGAUCAAAUCCCUUCCGACCAGAUACCUGGCUCCCGGAAACCUGCGGAUGCUCUAUGAGCAGUGGGGCAGACAUGAUGUAUCGUGUUUUGGCCGAACGCCGGCCGGUGCUGAAGUUCUUGGCGCCAACAACACAUGGAACAUGUGAUGAUUGCUGUGAAUACAAAGACCUGUUCAGAACCACUUUGGUGCCUUGGCAGACACUGAGCGCCUUGAGUUUCAGCUGUCUGCCAUCUGAUGUUGGGCUACCAUCUGCCUACAAGGUACGAGACCAGCAGGCACGCUUCGAUGUGGCUAGGGCCUACAAGGAGCACCUGAACCAGAUUGCUGAAGACAGGAUCCACAACACGGUUUUAUACUUGUGGGUGUUAUCACCAAGAGUGGCCGGCGAUGCAUCGAUGGUGAUCGAGACCACCAUGCGCACCAUCGAAUUUGCCAUGGACAUGUUCAAGGAGCGUGGCGUUGCCAGUCCACAGGAGAAGCUCACCUGGCUGAUGAACAAGAUCGGCAUUCGAUCUUGGAUCGGACCGAAUUGUGAAGUGAAAGUUUCUUACCUCGAUUCCAUCCGAGAUUGGCGAUCAAUGCUGGAGCCGGCCCCGGUGACCUUCAGCGGCGGGCUGAAGGAGGAUGCCUCAGAUAUCCCUCGAAAUGUGACGGUGGUUGCAGAGGGUCGAGGUGCUGCCUUCGAAGCACAUCCGUUCGACAUUGUCAUGAUGCUCAAACGGUUCGCCUCCGAUGAGAUGCUGAUCCAGGAGCCUGUUCUGUGCUGGCCAUACCGGUACAUGCGUGUCAUUGGGCCGAUUCCUACUGAAGCACGGCCGCUGAGAGUGGUGAAGGCAGCGAAGAAGUCUGACUACCUUGCUUUGAGCCAGCUGCUCAUUGCAAAGGUGAAACUGUGUGACAAUACUCUCCGACCAGCUGCUCCGCUGAGACUGAAAUGGCUGGAAGAGGUGGGGGACAUGCCUGGCAUCAACACCAACUUGCCACCAUCUUUGCGCCGACUUGCUCCAGUGAUGCUUUUCACUGCGAAGAUGAGGGGAUGUGUUAGUGGCCUGGAUGCUUCAGCACUGAAAAGGGUCCAGCAGCCAAAGUUGGACCCAUUCGAGAGGACCAGCCAGUUCAUGUCCAUGGCCGUGAGGGUCCUUGGAACCAACUUGGUGGCAGGACCUGUGGGCACCAUGGAUCUUCAAGAGUGCAAAGGCUUGCGCCCCAAUGGGCAGCUGCUGGAGCAAAGGAGCUUUCCAAGCCCAGACCCUAGCAAGCAGGCAUCUCUGGCCUUGCAGGCAGCUUUGCAGAAAUUUGCCUGCAGCUCUCAGUCCCACGUGGUGACUACUUCAGCUUGUGAGAUUGAUAGGACCCACAUUGCCUACUUCAAGAACUUGAGAGAGAGCAACGUCUCAAUUGCAGUCAUAGAAAAUGUCACAGAGUAUUCAGAAAGGUUGGUGAAGAAAGAGCUUGGAGUAGGACAGCUCAACACCCAUGUUGCAGCUUGGCAAAGCAAGCAACAGUGCCCAGACCCGCAUGGCAGGACCUUUGACAUAGCGAAAGGAGAACACCCAGUAAAGUGGCUUUUGGAAACACCGUCCUUUGGGAAUGGCAUUUACGAAGCCUUGCUGCUGUGGUUCGAUGAGCUUCUUCCUGGCCUGACCACACCAGCAGACAUGGGUUCAGGAAAGAUGAAGAGCAUUAGGCUCACCGACCUGGUCUACAAGAAGCCAAGUGAUGGGAUCCCUCUGUACCAAUCGUGGAAAACUCUGGCCAUGGACAUUUUCUACGGUGGAUUCGAGCCCCUCCGGGAGCCACUUCAGGCCAGAAUCUCAACAGAUGGGUCACUGGAGUGUGUGAAAGGGCUUGGGCGACUCAGCAUCCUCUUCUUUGGAUCCUUGUGGACCUUCUUGAAGAAGGACCAGCUGACGGAGGAACAGUGGCUUCGUACCGUGGUGACCUUUCCGUGCCACAUCGUGAAGGAGGAUCAGGAAUCCCACUAUGAAUGGAAGAGGAGCCUGGGUCCUACUUUGGAGACGCAGAUGGAUUUCGAAUGGCUUUUUUGCGUGGUGUCGAUGAAUACAACAACUACGGAGCUGCAUUGUCGAACCCACAGCUUCAGGAUUGCCGAGAUGUCCAUUGCCAACACCGAUGACGGCAACUCCUUGUUCACCAGGGAUAUCAUUGAUGCUGUUAGAGAGCGCUGCAUUGAGGGGGACUUCCACAAUGAGAUGAAGGAGGUACUGGCAACCAAAGACGUGGAGUACCGAGCAUCCUUUGCAACAUGCUGGAAGGACAAUCUGAUGGCAAUUGUGCCAGUUGAUGCAGAUCCGUUCAAAGAGUGUGAUGAGCAGCUGGAAUCCUUAUCCAAAGAUGCUCGCAAAGCUGCGUUCGAACGAGAUUGCCUGCAGAUCGCACGAGAUGUUGCAUUGCUUGGGCAGUUAUUUGAGGCUGAGGAACGGAAAGCCAAAAGAACGGCCCGUGUAUUGCACUUGAAGAGUCAAAACUUGAUCGGCGCGAGUGUUGUGAAAAACUACAUGGACAAUGCAGUGGACUUCAGGACAGGCGUUCCUGGAGAGGACUCGGACAUCACCCUCGCGAUGGAAAAGAUGUCCAAAGAGCUGCAGUCGAAGGGUGGGGCCCUCUUGGUUUGGCUAGACAUGACCAAGCUAGGGAAGAUGACUGGCAAGGAGUUAGAUCGUGCCAUCAACUCGAUGUGUGCAGCACUUCGUCUGCAGCCAACCACCUCCGUGGGCUUCCUCACCGCCCCAGUGCUUGUUUCGGCACAAGCCAGCAGCAGCAGAGAGGAUGGAAGUACCACCUUCAACGAAGAAGGUACCGCUGACAUUUUUCAGCUGGAUCGUGAUGGACAGCAGCACGGACUGCUGUCGAAAACGAAGCUGGCGUCCAAGACUUUGGGGGUUCUGAACUGUACUCCAUAUGACUGCUGGCUGGAACGUGCUUGCAUGAAGGCGGAUAGCUUCUUGCCUGGCUACAAGGUGAUUUCCCUCAGCUGUUCCAAGAACACAGCAGUGAUCGAUUUCUGCGCAAAGACAUUGGCACUUGAGCUGAUGGAGGCCUGGAAGACUGGAGCACACUUGAUGGGAAAUGUGCGACCCUAUGACCCCACUCCAGUGGAACCACCAAAUGAGGUGAAUCUCGCGGAUUUCAGCUUCAAGCUCGUUUCAGUGGAGAUUGGGGCCCCUGAUGCCAAAGCUUUCCAUGAGAAAUACAAGAUCAAAUUGUCAACUGCAAUUCGAUCUCGCUACCAUGAUGAUGUCGUUUUUGGUAGUGACUGGCGGGAGCUCCUGAUGGACUUCGAUCGGAAGUUCCAGAUCACUGGCCAGGUUCGUCUUGCAGAGAAGAAGCCAGUGAAACCUGAAGCGCUGCAGCAGCUUGCACCAUGGACAGGUGAGCCGAAAACCAUCAAUGGCUUGCAAGACAAGUACGUGUUGGAAGCGAAGAUCACAGGGCGGCUUGCAGGAACGACCCUUUUCGUUGUCAUGGCCAAAGAUCGAACAGGAAACCUCGACCAAAUUGAGGAGGGACAAGAACUGAAACUGUUCCUGGCUGCACAUGUGCCUGUGGAAAUUGACGAUCAAGAAUACCUGAUAGCACACGGAGCAUCACGGUUCUUGAAAGCCGAGAAGAUCAUGGAGUUGAAGCGGAAGGGCAAGACAGGCUCGAUCUAG